AUGACGAAGCAGUCGUGCAAGAGCAUCUCAUACGUGAUCGGAGACGCCGCACACACCGGCUCGCACGUGUUGCCGGUCAAUUCGAUACGUUCUAAUGGCUCUGAUAUGCUCUUCACCGCUGGUAGGGACGGUGCACUUGUUGUAUUGGACAGCGACUCGAAUCUCUGUAAUCACAUCCAAUUGCACUCUGACUGGUGCAAUGACGUUGUGUGGCACAGUGGGUCCACGCUUGUUAGCUGUUCUUCUGAUUUGAGCGUGAAAUGGUGGGACUUCGACACCAAUGAGCACGGUCUUGUGGGCCACCAUGAGGAUUACGUCAAGGCGAUGUGUCGUGUGUCCAGUGGGCAUAUUGUCACUGGUGGGCUGGACAAGGUUGUCAAUACGUGGGAUCUGGAGACCAGGUCCAAGCUGAGCUCCAUAGAUAACACGGAGGGUGAGAUGGGGUCCAUCUACUCGAUGUCGAGUUUUGAACGGAUGGUUACGUUUGGUGAUAACAAGGCCACAAUCUCGUUGUUUGAUACUAGAAGCAACGAGAUUGUUGGUAGGCUGGACGGACACGGUGACAUCGUUAAGAGCCUGGUGAUGGGCUCCAAUGGCCAGUUGCUGUCGGGAUCAAGUGACGGGACAGUGAGACUGUGGGACUUGAAGAGACUUGAAGAGGUCAAACAGUACACGUUUGACGGCUCUAUCUGGUCGUUAUACUCUGACGAUGUCAAUUUGAACAAGUUCUAUACCGGCACAAGCCAGGGCACCUUAUACGAGACUAACCAGGACUUGACCAAACCACUCGGGCAGGAAUCGAGUGGGCUGUUGUCAAUCUGUAAGUUCCAGGACGAACUUUGGAGCUCAAAUAUGGGUGAUUCCACCAUGAAGAACUGGAACGAUGCUGCUAAGACCAAGCGAGGUGCUCCAGGACUGAUCAAGUCAAGACUGCUGAACAACAGACGUCAUGUGGUGACGCUAAGCACCGACAACGAGGUUGUUCUCUGGGAUAUCGUUAAAUGUCGUCAGCUACAGAAGUUCGGUACCGAUAGGGCAUUCGAAGACGUUAUCAAUCAAUACCAGACACAGGAGAUCCUGCCAACAUGGUGUCAAGUGAUGAUCCGUGCAGGGCAGUUGUUUGUUGUCAUAAAGGAAUCCAACUAUACCAAUACGGAACUGUACGGUGAUGACAUUAGAGAGUAUGUCUUGUCAAGAGUUAACGAUGAUACGAGAUACACCCUGGGUAAAAUGGUCUUAACUUCAAUCUUCCACAGGUUUGUUGAGUAUGAAAUGAACAAGGACCAAGAAAUCAGAGAGUUGAGGAUGAGGGAGAUCAAGGGGAAUUCCAAACUGAGUCUCUUGACAAAGUUCUCAUCACACGAUAACACACCACAAUCCUCGUCAUUACCGACACCUGUUGAAGAGUCAAAACAGAGUUAUUUCGACGCAGUGGCAGAUCAACACCAUCAACAAUCAUUACAGGUUGAUGACCAUGCGGAGGACGCUCACCAACUUGAAGAGUCUGGAAACAAGCGAAGAUUAAAGCUGUUUUCACGUAAGAAGUCCACUAUAUCAAGUGUUUCAACGGUAGAGGAUGAGCGUGGAAUGCAAGAGGAUAUUCCUGAAGGCUCAUUGCCGGGAUCAAACGAGACCUCUAGGAAGCCUUCAGAGUACGAUGCAAACUCUUUAGGGACCUUAAUUGUUGAAGCAAGACAAUUCUACCAAAAUGCCACAACGUUAAACUCCCUAAGCACAUCACAAUGGCAACCACCUCCAGUUGAAGAAGUGCCAUUGAUUGAUGAUUUGCCUGAAAAUUUGCACAUCAUCGUUAACGAGUGUAUUAACAAUUCGAGCUCUGAAGUUGCGAUAUACUCUGAUGAGCUACGAAACUUACAAAUGACCACUCUAGAGAAUGUCUUACCACGCUGGCUGGGAACCUAUCUUCUGAAGAAUCGUUGUAUUGUAAAGGAUUACUCCAAAGUUGGAUUCACAAUACAGCCUGAUAGCACCUCUACUGGACUACCUGCGUUGGCUCAAGGUGCCGGCAGAUUGAAUGCCUAUUCCAUGCUUCGUGUCAAGAGAAUCCUCACGUAUAUCACCGACCGGUUUGAGAAGCCAACCACUGAGAUGAACCAGGGAUUGCAAGCUGAUAGUUGGUUACAAGUGCUGUGUCAUGGCAAAGUGUUGGAUAACCGUAUGACGUUGGCUACUGUUAGAAGCGUCAUAUGGAAACAGAGUGGUGAUGUGAUUCUAACGUUCAGAAGACGUCAAAAGGAGACCAAGGCCAUACUUUAA